AUGGACCAGAGAUCAGCCGACAAUCGACAGAUGGAGGACAGGCUGAACUCAUCUUCUCGUCCCUCAAACCUGUCGUCGUCUGAAGACUUGAGGAGCGUCUUCACAGAGGAGGUCCUGCCCCCGCUCUACCUGGCCCUGUGCAUUGUGGGAUUGCUCCUGAACGCCGUGGCCUCCUUCGUGUUCUGCCGCGUGCCCUCUGACGCCGCCCUGGUGGUGUACCUGAAGAACAUGCUGCUGGCCGACCUCCUCAUGCUCCUCUGCUUCCCCUUCAAACUCCUGGCCCAGCUCGGGGUGGGAGGCUGGAGACUGCACGUGAUCAUGUGCAGGUUUGUGGCGGUCCUGUUUUACUCGUCCAUGUACACUGGAGUCAUGUUCAUGGGUCUCAUCAGUUUGGAACGAUACACAAAGAUCGUCCGACACUCCCAACCCAACAUUUUUGGGCGUGUCUCUGUGGUUCACUUCCUGCAGAGUCCUGGCUCCGCCUUCGCCGUUGCCGUGGGGACGUGGGGCCUGAUGCUUCUGAGCGCGCUCCCCAACGUCCUGCUGACGAGCCGCGAACCCAACGAGACCAACGCCAGACGCUGCAUGGACCUGAAGACGGAGCUGGGCAAGAGCUGGCACCAGGCGUCGUCCAUCUUCUCGGUGGGCGUGUUCUGGCUGACCCUGGUUGUCAUGGUGACCUGUUACACCUCCAUCGGGGUCCACGUGUAUCGCUCGUAUCGGCGCGUUCGCUCAAACUCUUCCGUCUGCAGGAAGUCGAGGCGCAGCAUCCUCAGCCUCCUCCUCGUCUUCGCCCUGUGCUUCGUCCCGUACCACCUCUGCAGAAUCCCCUACACUUUAAGCCAGAUGCCCCGGUCCGGAUUCAGCCAGCACUCCAGGUUCGUGCUGUUCCAGGUGAAGGAGGCGACGCUCACCUUGGCCUCGGUGAACGUGUGUCUGGACCCUCUGGUUUACUUCCUCAUGUGUCGCUCCUUCAGACACACUCUGCUCCAGACCCGGAUCUCCUCCUGCUCCUCGACCUCCAGAGAGAGACGCCCAUCUGUGAGCACCAGCCCCAGUCUGUCCAACGCACACACCACCUGA